AUGGCUGCGGCCGUCCUCUGUGCCGCUGCUGGUCUUGUCAGCGCAAAGUCAGCGACCGGAGAUCGACUGCUGGCAGUCCUUGACGCUGGAACGGACCAUGCUGAUUAUUCCCAAUUCUUCGACGGCCUGACAGACCGUCAUUUUGAUAUCACAUUCUCAGACUUGAAGGAUGCGGAUCUUGCAUUGUUCAAGCUGGAUGAGAGGACUUAUGAUCAUCUGAUCCUUUUCCCUUCUCGAUCCAAAGGGCUUGGCCCGAACCUUGCUCCUCUGAAGUUGUUGGAGUUUGUGAAUGCUGGUGGAAAUAUCCUCAUUGCUACAAAUCCUUCAAGUGUUCCAGAGCAACUGCGAGAUUUCGCAAGAGAACUCGGUGUUGAGAUGGCGGAGCGAGACGCGGCUUUGGUUGACCACUGGUCCUACGACUCAUCGAGCCAUGAAUCUCAUGCACUUAUCACUGCCAACGGCUUUACUGGCAAUGAGUACAUCUUGAGCGAGGAAGUUCGUAACGGUCCGCCGGUCCUGUAUUCUGGCUCUGCGCAUGCAUUGUCAAAUAGCCCACUCGUCGUCCCAGUCCUCAGUGCUGGCCGCACUGCCUAUGUGUACGACACCAAGGAGGAGCAAGCCGCUUCUGAGGAUCCCUGGGUCUCUGGCACACAAGCCCAUCUUGUUUCAGUUUUGCAAGCCCGCAACAACGCGCGCGUGGCUGUUGUUGGUUCAAUGUCCAUGUUCUCCAAUGAGUUCAUUGACAGGAAGGAAUACGGAAACGCAAAGUUCGUGAGGGAUUUGUCUGGUUGGGUUUUUGCGGAGAGGGGCGUGGUGAAGGUUGUCCGUGUCAGGCAUCACCUUAUGAACGAAACUGCCCACGCAACGAACCCCAGUAAUUACCGCGUGAAGAAUGACAUCACCUACGCCAUCGAGUUGUCGGAAUGGUCUGUUGGUCAUUGGCAGCCUUACAUCGCGGAAGAUGUUCAACUUGAGGUUAUCAUGCUUGACCCAUACAUCCGUACGACAUUGCCGUUGCUUCUCACAACACCUACCACGUCCGUUUACGAGAAGUCAUUUAUGCUCCCGGACCACUACGGCACCUUUCACUUCAAGGUUAACUACAAGCGUCCUGGUGUAACUUACAUUGAGGAGAGGGAGAGUGUUACGAUUCGACACUUCAGACACGAUGAGUACCCUCGCUUCAUCAGUGCUGCAUGGCCUUAUUAUGGUGCUGCUGCAGCCGUCUCCCUUGGCUUUUUGGGAGUGUGCAUUCUCUGGAUGGGCAUGAGUGAGGAGACGCUGUCCGAAGGAAAGAAAAGAGAUUAA